AUGGUUCUUCAAGAUCUCGGCCGUCGCAUCAACACGGCCGUUACAAACCUCACCAGAGAGCCCAACCUAGACGAAAAGGCUUUCGAUGGCAUGCUCAAGGAGAUUUGUUCUGCCCUUCUCGAAGCCGACGUCAACGUGCGCCUCGUCGGCCAAUUACGAAAGUCGAUCAAGAGUACCGUCAACUUCAAGGAGCUCCCGCCCGCCGUCAACAAGAAGCGCCUCAUCCAAAAGUCCGUCUUUGAUGAGCUUGUCAAACUCGUCGAUCCCCAUGCCGAACCCUUUAAGCCCAAGAAGGGCAAAUCCAACAUCAUCAUGUUUGUCGGUCUGCAGGGUGCCGGUAAAACGACGACAUGUACGAAGCUCGCACGCCACUACCAGGCCAGAGGCUUCAAGGCCUGCUUGGUGUGCGCCGAUACCUUCCGUGCCGGUGCCUUUGACCAGCUGAAGCAGAACGCGACCAAGGCGAAGAUCCCCUACUACGGCUCACUGACAGAGACGGACCCCGCGGUGGUGGCGAGAGACGGUGUCGAGAAGUUUAAGAAGGAGAAGUUUGAGAUCAUCAUUGUGGAUACAUCAGGUCGACACAGGCAAGAGGAGGCUUUGUUCCAGGAGAUGGUGGAUAUUCAGACGGCCAUCCGGCCCGACGAGACGAUCAUGGUGCUCGACGCAUCCAUCGGUCAGCAGGCCGAGUCGCAGGCCAAGGCGUUCAAGGAGGCGGCAGACUUUGGAGCCAUCAUCAUCACCAAGACGGAUGGUCACGCGGCGGGUGGUGGUGCCAUUUCCGCCGUCGCGGCAACACAUACCCCCAUCGUCUUUAUCGGUACGGGUGAGCACAUGCUCGACUUUGAGCGUUUCGCACCACAACAAUUCGUACAAAAGCUGCUUGGGAUGGGCGACAUGGCCGGACUGGUAGAGCACGUGCAAAGCUUGAAGCUGGACCAGAAGGAGACGAUAAAACACAUCACAGAAGGUAUCUUCACGGUACGCGACUUGCGGGACCAGCUCUCCAACAUUAUGAAGAUGGGUCCGUUAUCCAAGAUGGCGGGCAUGAUCCCCGGCAUGAGCGGUAUGAUGCAGGGUAUGGACGACGAAGAGGGCAGCGCCAAGCUCAAGCGCAUGAUUUACAUUUGCGACUCGAUGACGGACAAGGAGCUCGACUCGGACGGCAAGAUGUUUAUCGAGCAACCGACGCGGAUGACGAGGAUCGCCCACGGGUCGGGAACGUCGGUGCGCGAGGUGGAGGACCUGCUGACGCAGCAGCGGAUGAUGGCGGGCAUGGCCAAGAAGAUGGGCGGCAACAUGAAGAAUAUGCAGCGCGCGCAGCAGGCGAUGGGCGGCGGCAACAAGGCGCAGCAGAUGGCGGCCAUGCAGAAGCGGUUACAGAGCAUGGGCGGCGCCGGAGGCAUGGGCGGGGGCGGGAUGCCGGAUAUGGGCAGCCUCAUGAAGAUGCUGGGCGGCGGAGGCAUGGGCGGCGGCGGGAUGCCCGACAUGCAGGCCAUGAUGCAGCAGAUGGGCAUGGGCGGUAUGGGAGGAAUGCCGGGUAUGGGCGGCGGAAUGCCUGGUGCGGGCCGUGGCCGAGGACGACGUGGCUGA